CUCCGGGACUCUCCUCGKCUUGGCUCCCCGCACUGUGCCAGACAUUCCAGUACAGCAGUCAGAGCGCCAGGGCUCCUCCCCUCCGCUCAGAGACCCGGAGCACGUAGCAACAACUGAGCCAAUGUGCUCCACCAGCGAUCCGUCCUACCCCGACCGCGGUGCCUGGCAACAAGAAAAAGACGUGAUGACGUCCACUCCAGAUUGCGUAUUAUGGGAUGUGCGGAAUUAAACAGCCCCGGAGAGGACGAAAAGGGGGAAGCCAGAAAUAAUAAAAGCGGCAGAAAUCGACGUGGUUGCAUGGUGAAUCAUGGAGCUGUCGGCUGUCGGCGAGAGCGUCUUUGCAGCCGAGUCCAUCAUCAAACGGCGGAUCAGACGGGGUCGCUGGGAAUAUCUGGUGAAAUGGAAGGGCUGGUCUCAGAAGUACAGCACCUGGGAGCCGGAGGAAAACAUCCUGGACGAGCGGUUGUUCGCCGCCUUCGAGGAGAGGGAGCGCGAAAGGGAGCUGUUCGGGCCCAAAAAGAGGGGACCCAAACCCGAGACUUUUCUCCUGAAGGCCAAAGCCAAAGCUAAGGAGAAGACGUAUGAGUUCAGAAGAGAGGCUCCCAGAGGAAUCCAGGUUUCCUAUCCCAUCCCGGAGCCCGUCGUCACGCCGAGGGCCCGUGAGGGUUUACGGGCAGUGGUCCCCACCAUCUUCCCGCCGAGCGCGGUCAACAGAGGGGAAAGCGUCCAGAUUCGACCCCCGGAGCCGGAGAGGAGGCCCAGGCCCGCUCCGCUGGAAGCUCUCCUGGACCAGGAAUCCACGAGGUCCCCCAAAAAGCGAGGUCGCAAGCCGAAGCUACACCCGCAUUAUGAUCCGCAUGACGCCAGCGGCUCCUCGGAGCCAGCCCCGAAGCGGAGCAGGUCACUGGAGGAGCAGUCCGUCAUGUCCCGACGCCUGCAUCAUCACGGAGAGACGUCGGAUCACAGCCUCCUGCAGCUGACCAGGAGGUUUCAGGAGGAGACCACGAUCACGCCGAAAUCCAGCAGCGAGCAGAAACACGCAGGGCUGUCGUACGCGUGCGCCUUCAGCCCAGGCGUGCGUAAAAGGGAUCCGGAGGGACACAGGACUUACAGUUUGAGCAGGCUGCAUUUUCCUCGGCACGGGAAGCUGAAGCGCUCCGCAGAGGAGCGGAGGCACCAAGCCUCACAGGCAGACCAGACCGCGCCCUCAGCCCCGACCUGGACCCCCAGUUUCACCAACUGGGACACUGUGACGGUGACGGACGUCACCAUGAACCUGUUGACUGUGACCAUCAGAGAGAGCAGCACCGCUAAAGGCUUUUUCACAGAUAAAAGAUGAGUAUUUUCAUGUUGUAGUUCACCGUGGAAUAUUAACGCGCAACUAACCAACAAACAGGCCUACUGUAAGACUAUAUCUUUUCUAUGUAACUUUCAAACGUGUACAUACAGAUAUUUAAUACGCUGCUGGAGAAAAUAAAAAGAAACAUGUAUUGUACGACGAA